GUAUAGUCUAGGGGUGUGUGUUUUGUUGUGUUUAUUUGAAGCAUUUUGCCAAUUUUACAAUAAAAGAGAGAGAAAAGAGAGUUAAAAAGAAGUGAAGAAGAAGAAGAAGAAGAAGAAGAAAGAGCAAACUACACCAUGUUUGAAGGAUCAGUAUCUGAGCAACUUCAUCAAUUCUUAACUCCAAGAACAGCAGCAACACCUCCACCACCACCACCAAAUUCCAAUUCUCUUCCUUUAAUUCCUCUUAAUUUUGCUCUUCAUUCUCCCAAUUUCAACUUCCACCCUUUUGAUUCUUACAAUGCUAGUUCCACUACUCAUCAUCAAAUUCAUCUUCAUCAGCCUCAUCAUUUUUUGCAUCAUCAAUCUCCGAAUCCCCGCGAGAAUGGCAACGAGAAGAACGACGACGAGACGACGACGACUGGGAAUAAUUUGCAGGUGGCCAUGGAUUUGGAGGUUGACAGAGAGAACAACAACAACAACAACAGAUCCAUUUUGAUGGAGGAUCAUAUUCAUCAUGAUGAAUGGAGAAAUGACGAGCUUCUUGCCCUCUUAAGAAUCAGAUCUAAUAUUGACAAUUGCUUCCAUGAAUCCACUUGGGAACAUGUUUCAAGGAAGUUGGGAGAGGUGGGUUUCAGAAGGACUGCAGAGAAGUGCAAAGAGAAAUUUGAAGAAGAGAGCAGAUAUUUCAACCACAAUAUUAACUACAACAAAAGUUGUAGGUUCCUCACUCAUGAGCUAAAUUAUCAGCAUCAUCAUCAUCAAGAUCAAGAUGACCUUCUCUUGAUUCAUGACGGGAAAUCCGACGACGGUGGCGCCACCAUCGUUGUGGUACCAGAAGAAGGUGAAGAAGAAAAGGAAGCUGAUUUCAAAGAUGGAGAUGGAGAACUGCAGGAGGAAGAAGAGGAGGAGGAUUUAAGAAACGACGAAACAAGAGCGACGACUGAGGAAGAACAAGAUGAAAGUAGUAGAUCAAGAAAUUGCAAGAAGAAGAAGAAGAGGAAAAUGAUGAGGCAAAAAGAAUUUGAAAUAUUGAAGGGUUAUUGUGAGGAGAUAGUGAAGAAAAUGAUGAUUCAACAAGAGGAAAUCCACUCAAAGCUUUUACAAGACAUGUUGAAGAAGGAGGAAGAGAAGGUUGCUAAAGAGGAAUGUUGGAAGAAGGAACAAAUGGAGAGACUUCAUAAGGAGCUUGAAGUUAUGGCCCAUGAACAAGCCAUUGCAACUGAUAGGCAAGCCACAAUCAUUGAAAUUUUGAACCAAAUCACCAAUUCAACCACUUUAAUUUCUUCCUCUCCAUCCAAAAAGGACUUACAAAAUUUACUCCAAAGUUUGAAUAAUUACAAUAACAAUAAUGUCCCAAAUUCUCCUUCUUCCUCAUCCUUAAUCCAAACCCAAACUUCAAGCCCCAACAAAAAACAAGUAGUUGCUCUACCACCCCAUGAAAAUUCAAGCUCUUUUUCUAGUCAAAAUGAUCAAAUUAAAAAACCUAAAAACCCUUGUUUAUCAACUCAAAUCCUUGCUCCACAAGAUCCCAAUUCCUUCAUCAAUCAUUCAAACCCACCACCAAACCCUAAAAGUACUAGAAAUCAUAAAGAUGAGCUUGAUGAGUUGGGAAAAAGAUGGCCAAGAGAUGAAGUGUUGGCUUUAGUAAAUGUAAGGUGCAACCUCUACAACAAUGGUGACGGUAGUGGCGAACAAGGUGCGUCAUUAAAAGCGCCAUUGUGGGAAAGAAUCUCACAAGGAAUGCUUCAAUUGGGUUACAAGAGAAGUGCCAAGAGAUGCAAAGAGAAAUGGGAGAACAUAAAUAAGUACUUUAGAAAAACUAAAGAUGUCAACAAGAAGAGAUCUCUUGACUCAAGAACUUGCCCUUAUUUCCAUCAACUCACUACCUUGUACAAUCAAGGCGGAGCAAAUAAGCGCCCAGAAAACUGCCCGAUCGUGUCACCGGAAAACCACUCCAACUAGUCGGAAAACCACCUCGCAACUUCGUCCAAGAGAAUUAGCUAAUUGCACGGCUCAAAUAAUGAUGUGGCUGGUAUUUAUCUAGCUAUAUAUGCAGUUAGAAGUAUGAGAAAGAUCAAUUUACCAAUUGUAUUUUAAAUUUGUAUUGAACGGACAUAUUUUACUGAUUUUAACCUGCAUUGAUAGUGGACGAAAAUGCUAAGAAUGUGUUAAUCUAAUUGAGAUAUUCCAAUGCA